AUGGUGAAAAUAAGCCAUGGUAAGCCGCCGCCGAGGAAGAGAAAUGGGAAAAAGGAGAAGGAUGCUCCUCCAUCGGACCCGGUUCCGCCGGUAGUCGAAGAACAAGCAACGAAGGAAGCGGGUCGGGAUGAAUCGGGGAAUGUAGAAGAAAGGAUAGUAGGAGAUGGAGUCGAUGAACAAGCAAUGGAGGAAGCAGGUCGGGAUGAAUCGGGGAAUGUAGAAGAAAGAGUAGUAGUAGAUGGAGGUUCAGAAAAUCGAGAGGAAGAGAAAGUCGAAGAUGGUGUUAAGGAAGAACAAGAUGGUGACGAUGUGGAGGAAGAAGAAGAUGGUGAAGAUGUCGUGGAAGAAGAAGAUGGUGAAGACGUCGAGGAAGAAGACAAUGAUGGGGAUGAAGUCGAUGACGAAGAAGAUGGCAAAGAUUCAACCGAUGGUGAUGAUGAGGAGGAAGAAGAGGAAGAUGGCGAUGAUGAAGAUGAAGAUGAAGAAGAAGAAGAUGCGCAAGAUGCCAUGGGAGGACAUGGCUACGGAAGUCUCAGUGGCUACGCCGAAGGAUAA